CGACGCCCUGUCUCUCAAAUCACGGACAGCGCGAGGACUACUUCCUGUCUUCUGAUUGGUUGGUGAUGAUGCGGACGUCGCUAUCCAAGAUGGCCGCUACCAUGGUGGAACAUGUUGUCGUAGACGCAGGAGGAUUUUUGAAGAAAGCACUUCUUCAGGACAUUGGGAAGAAUAUCUACACGCUGAAGGAUGUAGUAGAGGAAAUUAGAGACAAGCCAACCCGGAGGAGCCUGUCAUUCCUACCAUAUCAACUCAACUUCAGAGAGCCGUACCCAGAGGACAUCAGAUUAGUGACUGAGUUCUCCAAGAAGACUGGAGACUACCCCAGCCUAUCUGCCACAGACAUCAAGGUGUUGGCUCUGACAUACCAGUUGGAGAGGGAAAACGUUGGGACGGACCACCUGAAGAAAGAACCUGAGGUCAAGGUCCAGGUGUGCAGUACAAGGAGACAUCCAGAGGCUCCCGUUGGCGUGGCAGGGUUCCACUUCCCCUCAAAGAGGCCAGCUGAUGGGCUGUUCAGUGGCAGACAGACACCAGCUGAUGGGCUGUUCAGUGGCAGACAGAGGCCAGCAGCACAGACACAGCACAGCUAUAACCCUCCAGAGAUCGGAGAGUACAACAGCUUCCAGUUCUGGAGGAAUCCUCUGCCCUGCUUUGACACUGACCUGCUGGAACUAGUGAACAUUGAGGACCUGUCAAUAUCAGACAGUGGAGCAGCAGACACUGUCCACACAGAACCUGAGAGGAGGUCAGAGGAACACAAACACUCAAAGAAUCAUUCAGAGGAGGACGGCAGUGGAUCGGAGGAGGAAGAUGAGGAGGAGGAGGAGGAGGAUGGCGGCGGUUGGAUCACCCCUAGCAACAUUAAACAGGUCCAGAUGGAGACGGGGAUCUGGGCGUCGCCUGCGGACGUUAAAGUGGCGUGUCUCACCACCGACUUCGCUAUGCAGAACGUCCUGAUUCAGAUCGGGCUCCAUGUCCUCUCUGUGAAUGGGAUGCUCAUCAAACAGUCCAGGAAUUACAUCCUGCGAUGCCACGCCUGUUUUAAGACCACCACCAACAUGAAUAAGGUUUUCUGUCCACACUGUGGCAACAGAACGCUGAAGAAGAUAGCCGUGACUGUCAGCGAGGACGGAAACAUCCAGAUGCAUUUCUCAAAGAACCCCAAAGUGCUCAACCCCAAAGGGAAGAGGUACUCCCUGCCCCUGCCACAAGGGGGCAAACACGGCAGCAACCCCCACCUGGUGGAGGACCAGCGUUUCCCCCAGCAGCGCGUGUCCCGUAAGGCCCGCCAGAAGACGGACGUCUUUAACCCAGACUACCUGGCCGGGGGCGGCUCACCUUUCUCUGAUCACGACAUCUACAGCCGCUCUGCCAACCUGCACAUCACAGACGGCGCGGGCGGAGGGGGUCGGAGGCGGGCCAACCCCAACGCUGCCCGCAAGAAGAAAUGUUGAAGAAUCGGAAGCCAUUUUCUACACGCCAAGUUCCACUAAAGAGAAAUCCCAGAAACUGAACUGUGAAGAUAGCUGGAUUUAAUACUGAUGUUUUGUAUAAAAUUUAAAAAAAUUGUAAGGUAAACUUAAUGAAUUCCAUAAUGUCAUACAGUAACUAAACUACCAAGUUUGUAAAAGCCUGACGGUAAUUUGCACUUUCAAGGCUUGUGUCUGUAACCUGCUCGGACAUUUGAUGCCCCUAAUUAAACACACAGUUCAAGACG